AUGGAUAUUAUGAAGUUAAUCAGGAUAUCAGAUUAUUUUGCAGAAAAUUAUUGCAAUUUUAAGAAUACAGGAAUAAAUCUUGUUGAUUUACAUUCAACUGAAGCAUUCGACUGUUUUAUAAAGAUUCUUAAUGGAGAAAGCCCAUUUAUUAAUAUUAAAUACAAAAAUGAAAUUUUAUCCUUAAUGAAGGAAUGGAAAUGCACUCCACUUCUUCAAGAUUUCGACGAUACAAUUCAUAAUGGUAAUAUAGAACCGAAAAAGGUUUACUUGAAACUUCUCAGUGGAGAAGUCCAUCUUUUACACAUUUCUAAUGACGUUACUCUCGACCAAUUCCAAGGAAUUGUUGAGAAAUUAUCCAAUGUUCCAAAGAAAAGUCAGCAUUUGGUUUUACAUGGCCAAAAUUUAAUUACAGAAUUCCUAUUUAAAUCAUUACAAAACGAAGAUAGAGUUACAAUGGCAUCAGAUGCUGUUAACGUAGUUCCAAUAUACGUAAAGGAUUUAACAGGAAAAAGUAUUACCAUUCAUUUAUACGCACACUCAACAAUUAGAGAAUUACAGCUUGUUGUAUGUCAACGCUUAAACAUAUCAUUUAACGAAUGCAGGCUGAUUUUGAACGGUAUUCCUUUAUCAAUCAAUAAAACAAUGGAUGAUUACGGAAUCAAAAAAGAAAGUGCAAUCCAUUAUAUAUUAAGACAGUUUUAA